AUGAAAAAUAAAUACUAUAUACAUCUCGUGGACCGCUUGAGUAUUUUUUGUCCAUAUUCUUGCGCACUUCCGAGUCGAAUCCCUUUGUUUCCGCAACAGAUCCUCUGUUUUUACUAUCCAAUGGAGAAUGUAGAUGAUGGAAAAGAAUCAUCAAAUAGUGUCAAUGAAGAAGAAACAACUAAUUCUGCACUUAUUUGUGGCCUUCCAGAUGAUAUUUCUCUUAUGUGCCUGGCAAGAGUUCCUAGAAAAUAUCAUUCAGUCCUGAAGUGUGUCUCAAAGAGAUGGAGGGACUUAAUUUGCGAUGAAGAGUGGUGUACUUAUCGUCGGAAGCACAAACUGGAUGAAACCUGGAUUUAUGCUCUGUGUGUGGGCAAAUUAAAUGAUAUUUUCUGUUAUGUUUUGGAUCCAACUGGGCCAAUAAGAUAUUGGAAGCCCGUUGGUGGUCUUCCACCUCACAUCUUAAAAAGAAAAGGCAUGGGGUUUGAAGCUUUGGGAAAUAAGCUAUUCUUAUUGGGUGGUUGUAGCUGGUCAGUUGAUUGUACUGAUGAGGUUUAUUCAUAUGAUGCUUCCUCAAAUUGUUGGGUUCAAGCUACUUCCUUGUCAGCUCCUAGGUGCUUCUUUGCUAGUGAAGUUUUGGAUGAAAAAAUAUAUGCUAUUGGAGGACUAGUUUCAAAGUCACGCGAUUCUCAUUCUUGGGAUACUUUUGAUCCUCUGACAAAUUGUUGGACAUCUCAGAGAGAUCCUGUUAUUAUUUCUGAUUCUGAAGAUUCAAUGGUUCUUGAUGGGAAAAUAUAUGUCCGAUGUUCCAGAUAUCCUGUAUCUCCUCAUGUAUUUGCUAUUGAAUAUGAACCAUCAAGUGACACAUGGCAGUAUGCAGAUGCUGACAUGGUUUCUGGGUGGACAGGCCCUUCAGUUGUUGUGGAUGGCACCCUCUAUGUCUUGGAUGAAAGUUUGGGAACCAGGUUAACAAUGUGGCAUAAAGAGAAACGCCAGUGGAUACCGGUUGGAAAACUAUCACCAUUGCUUACUAGACCACCUUGUCAGCUUGUUGCUGUUGGUAAAAGCAUUUUCAUUAUUGGGAAUUCGCUUAGCACUGUGGUUGUUGAUGUUAGUGAUUUGGGGAAUGAGGGCCAGGUGAUGAUGGGUUCUUCAAUACCAGGAUUGUUAUCUGAUAUCACUGUAUUAAGUUGUAAAAGCUUGACAAUCUGA